GUUCGCCAUUCCACCACCGGCAAGCGGUAUAGUGUGUGCAUGUCCACACACGCUCACGCGCGCGCUCUUCAGAGACAAGACGUAUAAAGACUUGACAGCCCUCAACCACAAAAAAAAAAUAAGUCAAUUGGCCGUUAUGAAGACGCUGCCCAUUCAACCCUCCCCCAAUACCGCCCCAUGCGCCCCAAAGGCGAGGAACUCCCGUCCUCGGGACCCGACGACAACCGUGACCACUCCCGGACAGACUCGGACGCCACCGAACUCGACGAUGGCCUUGACCUCGAUCGGCUUGGCCGCCAACGGCCCGCCGUCUUCAAAAAUGGGCUGCACGAGAUUCUCUUCUGCAGCUCCCUGCUAGUCUCCAUGUUCAUGGCCGAAUUCUUCAUAUCCGGCUUCAACAUCAUCCUUCCCAACGUCUCCAAGGCGCUCGAGAUCCCAAAGGGCUCUCAGACAUGGCCGGCCAGCGUAUUCUCCCUCGUCACGGGCUCUUUCCUCCUCCCGUUCGGCCGCCUCGCCGACAUCCACGGAGCCUACGUCGUCUUCAACGCCGGCAUCGUCUGGUUCUUCGUCUGGUCGCUCGUCUCGGGCUUCAGCGUCAACUACCAGAUGCUCAUCGUCGCCCGUGCCCUGGGCGGCCUCGGCCCCGCUGCCUUCCUGCCGACGAGCAUCAUGCUGCUGGGCAAGACGUACCGGCCCGGACCUCGCAAGAACCUCGUGUUUAGCCUGUGGAGCGCCUUUGCCCCGAUCGGCUUCUUCCUCGGCAUCAUCACGGGCGGCGCCACGACCGAGUACAUGUCGUGGAGGUGGUACUUUUGGCUGGGCUCUGUCGUCACCUUCGUCGUCUGCGUCUGCUCCUUCGCCACCAUCCCCCGCGACCGCGCCCAGACGCGCGCCGAGAACGCCCACGUCAAUAUGGACUACUGGGGCGUCGCAACCGUCGUCCCGGGCCUGAUCCUGACCACCUUUGCCCUCACCGACGGCGCCCACGCCCCCGACGGCUGGCGCACCCCCUACAUCAUCAUCACCUUCAUCCUCGGCAUCCUGUGUCUGGCCGCCACCGUCUAUGUCGAGGGCUGGGUCGCCGAGCAACCGCUGCUGCCGUUCGACUUGUUCAAGCCCAAAUACAUGGCCCGCCUGUCCGUGGCACUGUUCUUCGCCUACGGGGUCUUUGGCAUCUUUUUAUUCUAUGCCAGCUUUCACAUAAGCGACUACAUGGGCGCUUCGGCCCUGCAGACCGCCGUAUGGUUCGCCCCCAUGGCCGCCGGCGGUGUCGUUCUCGCCACGGUCGGCGGGUUCACCCUUCACCUCCUUCCCGGCAGGGUCUUGCUCGUCUUCUCCGCCUCGGGCUUCCUCGCAACCUGCCUUCUCUUCGCCUUUGCCCCGCGAGACGGCAACUACUGGGCCUUCAUCUUUCCCGCCAUGCUCGGCUCGACCAUCGGCGUCGACAUCACCUUCAUCGUCACCAACGUCUUCAUCACGACCAACGUCGCCCGCGAGAGACAGGGAAUCGCGGGCGCCCUCAUCAACAGCCUCCUGUUUGUCGGCAUCAGCUUCUUCCUCGGCCUUGCCGAUCUCGCCGUCUCGGAGGACGAGAACAGGGGCGGCACCCAAGGACACAAGGUCGCCUUCUGGUUCGCCACCGCCUGUUCCGCCGUCGUGCUCCUGAUCUUUGCCACCAUCAAGCUCGGCAAGGCAGAGAGCGAGCUGACGGUGGAGGAGCGGAUGCGGCUGGAAGCCGGCCGGCAACCCAAGCCCGAGUCCGAGACGCGUCACGAAGCCACGACCCUAGAUGUGUGAUUUUUUUUCCUUUUCUCUUUCCAUUCUAUUUCAGCAGCAAAAUACUUGAGCAUAUUAAGAGAGAAAGAGAGAGAGAGAGAAGAGAUGGCUGAUUGAGGGGGUUGGAUCAUGAUUAUC